CGGAAUGCAAGUCACCUCCCCGUUCCCACUGCCGUCGAGAAACCCACGUGCCUCGUGGUAACCAUUGUUUCCUGUGCUGAGGGGAGGCUGUAACUCGACCGACCUGAAGUUCUUGGCAGAAGCGAGAGAGGGAGGCGGCUGCAGCAGCAGCAGCACCGGGAACGUCCUGCCCAACCUCGGGCCGAGAGGAGCCCACGCUCCGGCUGCCUGGGGAGAGAGAGGGCGGGCCGUGGAAGAAGGGGCGUGCUCUGGAAGCGGCCAUGGCUCCUCCUCGUGGGCCGGGCGGCCGAGGGAGCCGUGCAGCGUUUCCCGCCUCCACAGGGGGCAGAAAUCAGUGGCUGGCUGCUGCUCGGCAUACUUCCUUUUCCCCGCGUCCUGCCGCUGGAGGACCGGACUAGAAACUUGGGAAAGAGGGCUGCUGCUGCUGCUGCGAGCGCGGGAAGGGACCGAGGGGGGACAGCCGCCUCUCGCAGCCGCAGAAGCACAAGGAGGAAGAGGAGGAAGGAGAGGGCAGCAGCAGCCCUCCUCGUUUUCUGCCGGUGCCGGGGAAGAUGUCCGGCGGGAGCAGCCGAAGGAGAAGCGGCUCCUCCUGGCACAGCAGCUUCUCCCGACUUUUCUCCAGGAGCCCGUCCAAGGAGCCGGAGGCAGCGGGCACAGCAGCAGCAGCAGCAGCUCCUCCUCCUCAGCAGCCGAGCGCACGCAGCUUUGAAACUGAUCAAAAUGAAUGUACCAGUGUGGCAUUUCAGAGAAAGCAGAGCACCCCUCUCCCAGAGCUGCUAAAGAUUUCAGUCUGUGACAGCAAGAACCUCUCAACUGAAGAGCUGAGCAGAUCCACCACUCAGGAGGAAUUAAAGAAAGCUAAUAGCCUUCCUAGUUUAGUUCAUGAAGGCAAAAACGCCAGUAAUGACAGACAGCCCAAAGAAGGAUUUUUCCAGUAUCUUGGGAGUUUGUUUGGUAUUGCUCCAAAAUCAUCCUACAAAGAAUCUGAGCAUUCCAACCUUGGAGAUGGAUGCCACAGAACUGGCAAAGACUUUGCAAGUCCACCUAGUCACCAGGAAGGUGGACAUGCAGACCACCCAAAACCAGAAAUAUUUGUCAUUUCAACACCUGGAGGUGACCAGACAGCAGCAAGCAAAGAGGAACAGGCUAACUUUGUUAAAAGCACCAGUUCUGGCUCACAGGAUUUACAGAAAGCACAGGAGCAAUCUGCUGAAGCAUCCAAGAAAACAGAAUGUGAACUGGGUGCACCUGCAGUUACUUAUGCAACAUAUCGAGGUUCUGCAAGAAUUAAGCAAUUGCUUAAGAAACAAGCGGAAUUGGAGCAAGAAAAACAAACCUCAACCAGCAUUAAUAGCACUACAGCCAAAAACAAAGAAAAUAGGACUGUAAGCCUUCCAGACUCAGAAACUACUACAACAAAGACAGAAUCUUCAUUGAAAACAAACUCGGGACCUAAGACUAACGAUGACACAAAGGAUUCACAAGCAAACGUAUUUUUGGCAGAAAUAGAUUUGGGGGGAAAUUCUCUGGAUGUCUUGGGCAAUUGUGAGCACAAAGAACUGAAGAACAAAAUUACCUCGUUGACAGAAAUGGAAACAAUCAAAAAUUGCAUUGAGGAACUGGUUUCUGUGAAACAUACAGCAGUUUCCAGCACACCAGAACUUAAUAGGAACCUUCUGUUGGAGCCAACACUGUUGCAAAAGAAAGCCAAUUUCAGUUGCCAGAAUAGAGAUGCUGUUAGUAUGAGUUCAGAAAAUAACAGAUUGCUUGAAAAUAAGGAGGAGGUGUUAGGGGAAAUACAAAUGGAGAUUCAGUCAAUCAAUGCUACCACUGUUGGCUUUCAAAAAGGAAUGCAGUUUUGCGCUUUUUCUAACACAGAAACAAAAGAGACAAUGCAAGAGGAGUUUUUUUCACACCCCAAAGUAGACGUAGGUGAUAAUGAGCAACAGUUGCUAGAAAACAAAGGUCCCUGCAAUAGUUGGACUGAGGAUCAAUUCAAACUAAAAGCAGAGAACCAAACAUUGCAUUUGAAUAGUAUUAUAGGUAGGGGGCAGGCAAUUAGCAGGGUAGAAAGUGAAACUGAAGAAUCACACCAAAAAGUGACAGAGCAGAAGGAGAAAAAUAUGCAGAUCAUUUCACCAGAUGAGCACUUACCUCUCCACGAACAAAAAGUUGGAGAAGAAUUGCAGUUGGUGUUGCAGGAUACAAAUUGCAAAAAAAGUGAUAUAUCAGCAGGAGUCGGUAUGCUUGCUUCAGUCCAAUCCAAAGAAAUGGUUCAAAACAUAGAUAUAUUUGGCAAAAGCGAUCUAAAGUGUGAAGAGGCCACUGAGUCUGUGGUACUUACAGAUGUACAAAACAAUCAUAACUUCCCCAUGACGUCUGAGAAUGGAACUAAUAAUUUUACCAAUGAUAAUUUGUAUGCGCCUGUGACACAAUUUGACCAUGUUAGAAUGACAGGUGCUUCUCCUAACGCAACUGAGGUAAACCAUGCCAACACAUCUUUGUUAGCUGCUGAAUAUGAAAAUGUGGUGUCUCGGGUGGCAUCAGCUGCCUUAGAAACAGGUGAUACCAGCACUGAGGAGGCUGUGGGCACUAUGGAUGGUGCCCCUCUUAUCCUUAAGGCUAAAGAUGACAACUGCCAUAUUUCUGAGAAUGUUGAGGAUGAAACUCUGAUCGAAGCAUUGGCUGGUUUACAUAGUCCUCUUCCUCUCGCUGAAGACAAAACCAAGCCCAUCAAAUUAGAGAACUCAGAACUUAAAAGCAACACAGGCACUACUACAGUGGCCAAACCUAUUCCAUCACUUCUUAAAACUGCAGAAGUUGUGAUAUCUGCACAAAAAAAUGAUCCAUUAGUUGAUGAAAUAAAAAAUCAAACUGAAUCAAAAAUGGCUUAUGAAACUGAAGAGGACAUCUCAAUAGGUCUACCUCCUGUUGUGAAAUCAGAAGAAAAUAGUUAUUUAUCAUUUCCUUCUCCGUUAUGUGUCUUGGUCGGUAACUCUUUCAUCUCUGGAGAUAGCAAAAUCAUUUUGGACGAUGUGUCUAAACCUGUCCUUAAUUCUGAAGAUCACAGUUUGUUGGGGGCUUUGUGUUCUUUGGCUGAUAAACAGGAUUGCACUAACCAGUCUCUAAGUGAUUCUGUGGGGACUAUCAAUGAUUACCUUUGA